CUCUCUUCCGGCUCCUCCAGCCCGCCGGCUGUGGCCGGUCACCAUUCGCGCCGCCGCUGAAGUCCGCACCCCCUAGUGCGAUUCGCUCCCCAUGUUCCCGCCGCUUUCGCACCUCCGGCGCCGCGUCCUCGCCGCAGCCCCUGAACUCCUCGCCCCUCUCUUCUUCCGCUGCCUCUCCACCGCCACCGCACCGGCAGCCCGCAAACCGACUACCGCUGUGGCCGUCCUCUGGGACCUGGCCGCGUCGAGUCCCCCAACCACACUGCCCCUCUACGACGCCGCCGUUCGCCUCCACCUCUCCGCCACCUCCUUCGGCCGCCUCCGCCUCUCCGUGGCCUUCGUCCACCCGACCCACCGCCUCCCGGCCCCCGCCGCGCCCGCCGCCACGACCCACCUCUGCCGCGUCUGUGGGCGCCGCUUCCGCGCCCGCGACGCCCUGCUGCGCCACUUCGACGCCAUCCACGCCCGCGAGCACGCCAAGCGCCUCGCCCGCAUCGACUCCUCCCGUGGCGACCGCCGCGUGCGCCUCGCCGCCGCGCUCUCCCUCAAGCUCUCCAAGUACGAGAAGGCCGCCCGCGAGCUCACCGCGGGCGCGGACGCCGCCGCCACCCCCGCAGACGAGCUCGGCCGCGCCGGCAUCCGCGUCGCGCUCACCCGCACGCCCGCCGCGUCCUUCCGGGAGCGCGCACAGCAGGUGCUCGACGAAGGGUCCGUGGGGUGCCUGAUGCUGGUCUCUGGCAAGGACGAGCUCGCCUCCCUACUGCGGGUGGCGAGGGAGAGGGGCGUGCGGUCGGUGGUGGUCGGCGGGGAGUCCGGGCUGGCGAGGUGGGCCGACGUGGGGUUCAGCUGGGCGGAGGUCAUCUCGGGGAAAGCCAGGAACGCCGCGCCGUCAGUGUCCGGCAAGUGGCGUGACAGGGACGUGCUCAAGGGGCUGGAGUGGAGGUACGAGGAGGCAGACGACGAGGAAGAGCUGGUGUUCGAGGACAGCGACGGCGAUGGGGUCGAGGAGCUGGCACGGAAUGCGAAGGGGAAGCCGUGGUGGAAGCUGGAAUCUGACGACGAGGACUCCAACGUUGGUGGUUGAACGAUGAUGAUUGGCACGGAAUGUGUUUGCCCGUUUGCCGCUUGGAAUCCAUCAGUGGAAGCAUGGAUCUUGGCACACCGCACGCCAGUGGAGUCAUGAUCAUGGAAGUGUAGAAAGAAUUUGUGCUUAAUUGUUGUGGUUGCCUCUAAUGAUCUUGUAACUUGGAAGAGUA